CUCCGUACGGCUCCUCCAGUCUUCCGAUUCCAUUCCCCUCCGCGCCACCGCGCUCACCGCUAUUAAUCCCAACUCCCCUCUCCCCUCUUCUUCCACCGUAGCAGUCUAGCAGAGAUCGCACACGCAAGCGCAAGCACCUGGAUUGGGGAGCUCGGCUCGGUUCGUGACGAAGCUUUCCGGCGAGAUGGCGGAGGAGAAGAGCGCGCUGCAGUCGGCGAGGGAGUGGAUCGUCGACCACAAGCUCCGGGCCGUCGGGACGCUGUGGCUCAGCGGCAUCGUGGGCUCCAUCGCCUACAACUGGUCCAGGCCGGGCAUGAAGACCAGCGUCAAGAUCAUCCAUGCCAGGUUGCAUGCUCAGGCUCUGACACUGGCUGCCUUGGCUGGGUCUGCACUGGUGGAGUACUAUGAUCAUCAGCAAGGAUCAGGAUCAAAGGUUCACCAAUAUGCAAAGCAGUUCCUAUCAUCUGAUGGCAGCUCACAAAAAGAGUAGGCAGUGUGGGUGAGUUAGGCGUUGGUGACAAAUUAGCAGCUGUGAGACAUGGAAUGGAUCGGAUGUUAUUUUCUGAUCAAAUAAUUUGUCUGUAAAAUUCUGUGGCAACUUCUGAAAGCUUUGUCUGCUAAUGGCCGCCCACUUUUAUGUGUAAGCUACUGAACUAGCAUUUCGGAUGUUGCAAUAUGCCGAUAUCAGAUGUUCCCCUGGAUGUCUUGAA